AAUUUCUGUCGGGUCGCUCAUGAAAUAUCCCGUUAUUUCGCUUUCGUAAUUCAUUUAACAAAGGCAUUAUCUAUUUGUGACGGUCGGUUGCAGUUAGUGGAGUUACACUUAAAAAUCCGCAAAAGCCAUAAGUUCAGUGACACCGUGCCACGAUACCAUUUAUUUUGAUAGUUGUAUAUUAUCGAUUUUAGACUUUGUGCAGCACAUAAUUAUUUAUAUGAAGCCCGUUCAUUAGUGAGAUCGAGUGAUUAAUAAACAAACAGCAAGAUUUUCGUGCCACAGUCCCACCCAAGAGUGAGCCGUGUCUUGGGGGAAAAGCACCCCGGGCACUACGGUGGCCCCAGAUACACCGGCUCCAGCGCCCCAGCCUCCGGGGGUGCUGGAAAUGACGGGGACAGACAACAUACGCUUCAGCGGGCACACGCUGGACAAGGCAACGAAGGCGAAGGUGACUCUCGAGAACUUCUACACAAACCUCAUUACCCAGCAUUAUGAGAGGAAGCAGAGAUUGGAAAAGUUGGAGGAGACGCUUAAAGACGAAAGCCUGACGGAGAGCCAGAAGCAGGAAAAGAGACAACAACAUGCUCAGAAAGAGACGGAAUUUCUCAGGCUCAAGAGGUCCAGGCUCGGCGUGGAGGACUUCGAACCGCUAAAGGUCAUAGGCCGGGGAGCGUUUGGCGAGGUCCGGUUAGUUCAGAAGAAAGACACCGGUCACGUCUACGCCAUGAAAAUACUCAGGAAAGCCGACAUGCUGGUGAAAGAACAGGUGGCGCACGUGAGGGCCGAACGAGACAUCCUGGUGGAGGCCGACCACCAAUGGGUCGUCAAGAUGUACUACAGUUUCCAGGACCCCAUGAACUUGUACUUGAUCAUGGAGUUCCUGCCCGGCGGCGAUAUGAUGACGCUCCUCAUGAAGAAGGACACGCUCAGUGAGGAGUGCGCGCAGUUCUACGUCGCCGAGACCGCGCUUGCUAUCGACAGCAUACACAAACUUGGCUUUAUUCAUAGGGACAUAAAGCCGGACAACCUGCUUUUGGACGCGCGCGGCCACAUCAAGCUCAGCGACUUCGGGCUCUGCACGGGCCUGAAGAAGAGCCACCGCACCGACUUCUACAGGGACCUCUCGCGCGCCACACCCUCCGACUUUAUGUGCUCGAUAGUGUCGACCUCAUCAUCGGCGAUGGACUCGAAACGGCGCGCGGAGUCGUGGAAGCGGAACAGACGGGCGCUGGCGUACUCCACUGUGGGAACGCCGGACUACAUCGCGCCCGAAGUGUUCCUGCAGACCGGCUAUGGGCCUCAGGCUGACUGGUGGAGCCUGGGCGUUAUCAUGUAUGAGAUGCUGAUCGGGUACCCGCCGUUCUGCUCCGAGUCGCCACAAGAGACCUACCGCAAGGUGAUGUCCUGGCGGGAGUCAUUGACCUUCCCCCCGGAGAUCCCCAUCAGCGAAGAGGCCAGAGAGACCAUCCUGCGCUUCUGUUCAGAGCCCGAUCGCAGAUUGGGCGCCCAGCGUGGUAUUGAAGACGUGAAGUCCGUUUCUUUCUUCCGCGGCGUGGACUGGAGCCACGUGCGCGAGCGGCCGGCCGCCAUCUCUGUUGAAGUGCGCUCUAUAGACGACACUUCCAACUUCGAUGACUUCCCUGAUGUCAAACUGGAGAUACCCGCAGCCCCCAUCUCACAAGAGGGCGAAGUGGCGUACAAGGACUGGGUAUUCAUCAACUACACAUUCAAACGGUUCGAGGGUCUAACGCAGCGCGGCACGCCCACGAAGAAGUGAGCGCAAUUCCGUGGGGCCACCAGCGGACGCGAAUCGAUGGGACGAUGGUAGGGGACCUCUUGUUGCGGCUCGGACGUUCUAUGCACAUUCACUGAACAAAUCCAAUGUAUUUUAGUUUCCGUAUAUACCUACUUCUUCUAUCGUCAUAAAACUGUUUCUAUUGGCUGCGUAAGUUGUCGAUGUAUGUAAAAAUCUGUGUUUCGAUAUAUAUGUGCUGUAGGCAGUUUCAUUUUAUGCCAAUAAAUUGGAAAUACCAUUUUGAUCGCAUGAAUCAUUUGGUGUCAACCAAAUGGUUCAUAUAACAUUAAUAUAGCAUUUGAGCUUGUAUUAGCUUUAUACUCUCUCGUUUUUCUACAUUUUAUGUUUAAGUGACAAUGGAAAUAUAUUGAAGAGAUGUCCAAAUGCUAUGCGAAACCUAGAACGUAAAAGCGGCCGUGUGCACGGGAGAAUUAGAAUAGCUAUGUUAGAUAUAUGAAAAUGCCCUUAUUAAUUUGUUUAGGUCUUACAAAAUGACUCCUAAAACAUGACAGCACGUAUAGGCGUCCGAUUAAAUGUUGCCAGGUAUAUUAAAUAUAGCACUUCCAUUUAAUCGUCAUUAUUCAAUGUGUUAAUAUUAAAACAUGGGACAUUCGUCUAAUAUUAUUAAUAGUGUAGGUUACACUACACUUUUUAGGUAAAAGUAUCAAUGUAGUUGCGGAUAUUAGCGUUUACACCUCUAAAUACAAAUCUGAUGAAUUCUAGAAAAUACAAAAAAUACUAUACUAUAAUUUUACCUCAUACCUAUCUACAUUUGAAAAUCAGUUUAAGAGCUGCAAAAAUUAUAUGUCACUUUUUAUUACAGAUAAACGCUGUAGACAUUUUGACACUACCACAAAAUUAAUUUCGCUAUUGAUCUUUUGCAAGCAAUAGAAUUGAGUCGUGUUCGUGGCUUAACACAAAUGUCAGAUUGGUGCAAGAUCACGAGCUGAAAUAGUAAAAAUCUAUGUUCUUCUCUAAUGAAUUGCAAACAUUAAUUUAUUCGUAUUUAUAGUGUAAAAUCGCCGCAGUAUAGUGAACAAUUUUAUGGAAUCUUAUCACUAUCAAUGCUUUUUUAUGAACUGUACUAUACAAUGAUGCCUAAUACUUCUUUGUUCUAAAAGUCUUUCUUACGCCCGAAUAUUGUAAAGUCAUUUUAAACCAAAAAUCUCUUGCAGUUUUUUUAUUUGUUUUAAAUAAUAAUAGCAGGAUAAUGUGUGUGAGUUGUAUAGGCAUUGAUUGGAUCCUCUUAAAAAGUUGGCAACGCAUCGGUGACUCGUAUCAGGUCGCUGGUGUUCAUAGGCUGCGGUAUUUGCUUACCAUCAAAUAACGCGCAUGCAAGGUUGUCCAUAUACAAAAAUCCACAUAACUCUUGUUAAUAAUUUGUGAAAUACACAUUUUGCGAAGUGUGCAAUUUGCAAUGAGUGCGUUUUUUUGUCAGACCCAAAUUAAUUACAAAUAAUCUACAAAAUAUUUUUUAUUUUCAAAGUUUAUAUUGCAAUAAAAAUACAUGACUGGAUUUUAAACUUUUUUUUUUGUACCGAAACGAACUUUUGUACCGAAAAAUGAUAUUUAAAGAUUUUUUAAAUAACUUAUUAAUAUUCGGGUGUGAGUUUACUAAGACACAGUAUGAUCUGUCUGUUAUGGUAUUUGUAUUCACUAUAGCUCUUACGGUCAUAAUACACGACAACAUUGAGUAAUAAUGUUCGAGUGUCGUCCGUUAUUGUCUAAUUUAAACACAUCACACAUCAUCACAUUUUGAGUAUUUGCCUGUUUUUGGCUUUAGGCGAAUGCCGUCACGCUACAUGUCAUACGCAUGAACAUAUUUUAUAUUAUAGGCAUUUGCGUACGCCUAUAUUUUGUAUAAAACCUUUUUAAAUUAUAACACGGACUCAUUUAUAUCAAUCCCUGUAUUUUUGUCCUACACUAUCGCUAUACAUUGUAAGCCAAUAAAACAUGUUGUGUUCAGAAUGUUCUAUAUUAAUGAAAUUCGAUGAAUUAAAUUGUGAAAUAUA